AUGUUCUCAGAGUCACAACCCUUAGGCGAACCAGUCCUCGCCCCCCAAGCCCAACUCCCACCCGCCAACCCCAAACCCCUAGUGGGCCGAACCGUCACCCUCGAAAAACUACUCCCAACCCACGCCACCGACCUCUUCCCCCUAAUCGGCGGACUGUCCAAAUCAGCCCAAUCCCUCUGGACCUACAUGUCCGACGGACCCUACCCAACCCUCGCCCCCUUCAAAACCUCCAUCACCUCAAAAUCCGCCUCCACAGACCCCUUCUUCUUUGCCAUAAUCGACCAGCGCCCAGACCUCCCCACAACGGGAAAAGCAAUCGGCUAUCUCUCGCUAAUGCGCAUGACCCCUGAACAUCUAUGCAUUGAAAUCGGGAAUGUGAUGUUCUCGCCUGCGCUGCAGCGCACGACCGGUGCUACGGAGGCGGUUUUUCUGCUUCUUGAUUAUUGUUUUGAGCUGGGGUAUAGGAGGGUGGAGUGGAAGUGUGAUUCUUUGAAUGAGGCUUCGAGGAAUGCGGCGACGAGGCUUGGGUUUGGGCCUGAGGGGAUUCACAAACAGCAUAUGGUUGUUAAGGGGAGGAGUAGGGAUACGGCUUGGUUUUCUAUGCUGUGGGAGGAGUGGGAGGAGGGUCGGAAGUUGGCGAUUGUGGAGUGGAUGGGUGUUGAGAAUCGUGGGGUGGAUGGGAAGCAGUUACUGGGGUUGAGGGAUGUGAGGAAUUUUAUUUUUAUAGAUAAGGGUUGGUGA